CUAUGCACUGUAUGCUAGCUUAUUCUGACUCUACAUCGGGGUAUGGAUCCUUGUUCACUGUCACUAGGACCCUUUUUCUCGGGCCGUAGAACUCCCAAUGGAAACACUCUACAUAGCAUGUCUGCACAAGGAAACACAGCUGGUGAAGGGCAAAAAUGGCAUGAAAUCCGCGGGAGACUGGAGCUUUUGAGGGUAUGAACUUCUGGCUGAUCUCUGCAUCAAGGUUCACAACUUUCACACUGCUAGAAGCUGCAGUUGCCACCCAGCACUUUCCGACAUGCCUUUUGGUGAGGUAGUUCCAAGGUAGGGGUAAGUUGGCCCAGACAGCCCGAGAUAAUCAAGCCACCGAAACGUUGUCAUCA